CACCGAUUUACGCACAUGCAUUGUUUUUCUGCAAUCACAAUAGUUUGCCUCAAACUCGAAGCAUGGACAACGAUGACAAAUUUAAACUACCACCUAUAUAUGAAUUAAAAUCGAUGCCUCUUCUCCGAUUGCGACCGGUGAAUGCCGAGUCGUUUCUCAAAUUGUGGGAAUCAAGAAUGUCAAGAGCCGCAACGGCAGACAAGGAGAAGAUGAAGGCUUCCCAUAUUCCAAUCAACACCUUUGUUGUAGGAAACUGGAAGAGGGAGUCUACUCACAAAGGCAACUUGACUGCCAAAAUCUACUAUGCCAAGAAGAAGCUAGUGUGGGAGUUUCUUGAUGGUCAAUUGAAGAGCAAGAUGGAAGUUUCGUGGUCCGAUAUCACUGCCAUCGAGACUGGUGUGAACCCUGAUAAACAAGGAUGGCUUCGAAUUCAGCUGGCUAAGCCCCCUCUCUUCUUCCGAGAAAUCGAACCUCAACCAAGAAAGCAUACCAUCUGGGAGAAGGCAGAGGAUUUCACUUAUGGCCAGGCCUUACUUUGCAGGAGACAUACUGUAUUGUUCCCUGCCGAGGAAUUUGAUGAACACUACGAGAAGCUUAUGCUAAACGACGCGCACCUGGCUGGACUUAAUAGGAGGACCUUCCCGGCCCAUGAAUUCCCUUAUUUCUACGCAGUUUUUCCGUUGCAGAACACCCCACUACAGCUGCAACAACAGCCAGUUUUGCGGUUACACCAAAACUCUAACCAUCCCACAACAUCUUUGAAUUCUCCCAUUGUUAUGCCAUCAAAACGUAAAUUUGGUCACGAGAUGCAGCAUCCGCAUCAACACCAAGGUCCACUUUUUCCAUCACAGCAGAACUUUGAUCGCUCACAGCAGAAACAUCGUCGUCCCACAGCAGUUUUGUUUCACCAAUCCUUGAAUUCUACCGUCACAACACCAGCAAGAAACAACGGUGUGGUGGCAUUGUCGGGGAAUCAAAUCAGCAACGAGGCAACAUUGGUCGACUCAUCACAACAAAACCAACUUAUUGAUCCUCAGCAGCAAUACUCAUUUCUUCAACAGCAUUCUGCUGCAUACAAUGAGAUGGCUAUUCCCAGCAUGAAGAUCCCAAGCAGUUGGGAUCUACAAAACCAACUACGUGUUCGUCAUCAAUACUCAUCUCCUCGGCAGCAUUCCGAACACAAUGAGAUGGCUACCCCUUACAUGAAUGCCCCAAGUAGUUCGGUUCAAGAAAACCAAAAACUUGUUCAUCAACAGGAGUAUCCAUUUCAUCAGCAACAUUCUGAGAUCCCAAAUAGUUUAUCUCAUCCGCAGCAUUUUGAGAUCUGGAGUAGUUCACCUCAUCAGCAACAUUCUGAGAUCCCAAAUAGUUUAUCUCAUCCGCAGCAUUUUGAGAGCGUGAGUAGUUCAUCUCAUCAGCAGCAUUCUGAGAUCCCAUGUAGUUCGGUUCAACAAAACCAAUUUCUUGUUCCACAGCAGCAUUCUGAGAUCCCAAGUAGUUCUGUGCAGAAUGGCUCAGCAACUGGUGAGCAUUUUUUGGCUGAUGCAAUAAACAUGCUAGAGAAUGAUCCAACAUGGGAUGAUGGCGGUGUUCGUUGUUACGCGCACAGUAUUAUUGGGUGCUUCAAUUGCUCUACUGACACUUAGAUAUUUUUCCCCUUGAUCUGUUUAUUAGUUAGAUUACAUAUUGGUAAUUAGCAUGCAUGAUUUUUUUUUUUUUUUUUAAUUUUGUAAUCUA